AUGUUCCUGCGACUUUUCCGACAAGGCAGCUAUCAUCUGUCUUCGAUCCAGCGCCCCGCUUCUCCAUGCAACAUGCAACAACCACUUGGCACCGAGCAAGGUUUAAAGGUGUUGCCCAAGAUCAUGUCAGAUCCCCAACAAACCAGCGUCCGUUUCAUGGCUAUCAUUUUCGGAUCCAACGACGCCUGCUUCCCGGACGCUGAGAAUGGAGAGCAUGUGCUACUGGACCGGUACAAGAAGAACCUAGUCAAGCUCUUCACUCACCCUGCCCUUGAGGCUCACAACCCUCGGCUUCUGCUAGUGAUCCCGCCGUUAAUAGAGGAGAGACGUCUGGAUCAUCGCGUCAAGAGUCGAGGCUACUUGAAGCUGAACCGCUCCAACGUCGUCACGGAGCAGUACGCUGAUACAUGUGGGGAGAUUGCCAAAUAG